UUGAGUGGGAUAGCUAAGGCUAGAAGUAGAAGAAUAAUCUCCAAACGUCGAAAUUCCUCCAUGACCUUCACGUGAGUCUUAUCUGCCUUCCCCAGUAACCCAGAAACAGCUCCUGUCUUCCACAAACCACAAAAAACAUAGACAGAAACAGGAGAAGCCAAACCUAAAACGAAAAACAUAAACAAUGCCCAAAACCAACUCCAAAGCUUUGCUUCCACUUUUCUUCUUCUUCUUCUUCUUGUUGUCCUGCUUUUCUGAGCCUAUAACCUACCCUCCACAAACCAACUUACUGCUCCCAUCCGACGCCGUUUCCAUCCUCACCUUUAAAUCCAAGGCCGACCUCGACAACAAACUCCUUUACGCGCUCAAUGAGCGCUUCGACUACUGCCAAUGGCGAGGUGUCAAAUGUGUUCAAGGUCGUGUCGUCCGCUACAUCCUCCAGAAUUCCGGGUUGCGUGGCACUUUUCCUGCGAACUCCCUCACGCGCCUCGACCAGCUCCGUGUCCUCAGUCUCCACAACAAUUCGUUAUCCGGUCCAAUCCCCGACUUGUCCUCUCUUUACAACCUGAAAGCCCUUUUUUUGGACCGUAACAAUUUUUCUGGAACUUUCCCUCCUUCGAUCUUUUUUCUUCAUAGAAUAACUUCCCUCGAUCUUUCUUACAAUGUUUUAAACGGUCCGAUUCCGGCUAACUUAACCGCCCUGGAUAGGUUAAACAUCCUCCGGCUCGAGUGGAACCGGUUUAACGGAACGGUUCCCCCUUUAAACCAAUCAUUUCUACUCAUUUUCAACGUUUCAGGCAACAAUCUUACCGGACAAAUACCUGCCACCCCGACUUUAUUGAAGUUCAAUACGACGGCGUUCUCGUUGAACCCUAAUUUAUGUGGGGAGAUUAUCAACAAACCUUGCACUUCACGUUCUCCGUUUUUCGGUUCUCCUUCAGCGUCGGGUCCGCUAGGGCAAAGCGCGGAGGCCCAAGGUGGCGGCGCCACCACCGGUGGGAUUGUAGUUCUUCCACCCCCGUCUUCACCGAAGAAGAAACACCAGAGAACUGGGGUGGUCUUAGGGUUUACAAUCGGCAUUGCUUUGAUAAUAUUUUCAGUUUUGUUAGCUUUUGCUUUGGUUAGAAGACAAAGCGGUAAAAAGAGUGUAGACUCAAAAGAAACAAAGCCAACAACAGCUUCAUCAGAAGCAACGAACUCAAACGUAGGAAACUCAAAAACCCAAGUUGAAGAAGUUUCGGGGAGGAAACUAGUAAUACCCGGAAUUCAAAAGCUGAAAAAGAGUGGGAAUUUAGUGUUUGUUGCUGGGGAAGUUGAAGGUUACAGUUUAGAGCAGUUAAUGAGAGCUUCAGCUGAGUUAUUAGGGAGGGGUACGAUGGGGACCACGUAUAAGGCAGUGGUUGAUAGGCAGUUGAUUUUGACGGUGAAGAGAUUGGAUGCUUGCAAAACAGCGGUAACCAGCGGUGAAGUUUUUGAGCAGCACAUGGAUGCUGUUGGAGGGCUGAGACAUCCCAAUUUGGUGCCAAUUAGAGCUUAUUUUCAAGCUAAAGGAGAAAGGCUUGUGAUCUAUGAUUAUCAACCCAAUGGAAGCGUUUUCAACCUCGUUCAUGGUUCAAGAUCAACAAGGGCGAAGCCUCUUCAUUGGACUUCCUGUUUAAAGAUAGCAGAAGAUGUUGCCCAGGGCCUAGCUUACAUCCACCAAGCAUCAAGGCUUGUCCACGGCAACUUAAAAUCCUCCAACGUCCUCCUUGGGACUGAUUUCGAAGCCUGUCUCACGGACUACUGCCUUGCUCUCCUUGCAGACUCUUCUUCUACUGAAGAUCCCGAUUCUGCAGCCUAUAAAGCUCCUGAGAUUCGAAAAUCGAAUCGCAGAUUCACUCCCCAGUCUGAUGUUUAUGCUUUUGGUGUCUUUCUUGUCGAGCUUUUGACGGGCAAACAUCCAUCACAACAUCCUGUGCUUGUGCCCCAUGACAUGCUGGAAUGGGUUAGAACGAUGCGAGAAGAUGAUGGUGGGGAACAUCACAGGCUCGGAAUGCUAACUGAAGUUGCUAGCGUUUGUAGCUUGACAUCACCGGAACAGAGGCCGCCAAUGUGGCAAGUGUUAAAGAUGAUACAGCAGAUCAAGGAGAGUGCGAUGAUGGAGGACAGUGCAUAGAAAGCAUCAAACGUUCUUUGACGCUAAGAUGGAAGCAAAUUAUAAUUUAUUGUGUGGUGUUCAAGCUUAGCUGAGAAAUUUAUUCAAGCUCUUGUAUAUGACGAUCCCGAUUUCAUCUAUUACACGAGAGAGAUUAUAUGAUGUUAAAAAAUGCAAUGGGAAAUGAUAAAAAUCAGAACUCAUUAGGCUUCAAAGCAAUAAAUUAAGCACUUAAAUUUAAACGAUAGUUAUAACGAUCAUAUUAUGCUGAAAUAAGAGUUAUGUCUAAGUUCGAAGGCUGCUCCCAUCAUCUGCAAAACUAGCAUUUUGAUCAGCCUAUAAUACGUGUAGCACAAUGGCAUAGGGUGGUGCAUAAAUAUAGGAUGGGCAUUCAUCCUACCAAAAAAUAGAUCAAGUUUUGCCAAGAUAAAAAAAAAUGUUAGAAUUAAUACAACAACACGUUAAGUUUUAUAUCUCAUAUUCUGAAAUCGGUUACAUUAAAAACCCAAUAAAAGAAUCAGGAUUAGAUUAUAAUUUGAAUUUUUUUGCAUCACU